CUGUGUAUGGACAGCCUCUCUCGUACGGCCAGACAUUGUCUUCAUGCUGCAAUUACAAAGCUCAACCGACGUAUUUUUCUAGCAUCUUUCGAAUUGAAUUCGCCCCAAAUAGGAUCAAUACAGUUCUCACAUUAUCCAUUUAUUCUAAAGGAAGUUCAUUUCUCCCGGUAACGUUAGGUUCUACUUAACGUUAGCCCUCGCACAGUUAGCUUCAGGUAUAGCCGCGGCUAACAUAAAUAUGGUCUUCAGCACUUGCCGUAGAGCGCUGACUUCUUCGUGGCGGGUUAGUUGUCAUAGCGACCCCACUCUCAAGUUGUCGUUGUCGUUGGUGGAGGUUAACCGGACUUGCUGCAAAUACUUCUUUGAGCUCAAAACACACACACGCGGAUAACAAAAAUGGCUUCUUGCCUGGUUCCGGUGUUCCCGGCCCUUAUGGUGGCUCUGGAGCGUUUAAAGGAACUGGAGAAGCAGAUAAUAGAGGACGACAUACCAUUCUCAGCUGAAGCCAGCCUCCACCUGACGGAGAUAAGUGCUGCCAUCACUGAACUUGAGGCGGAUCGGCGUGCCGCUCAUGAGCUUUUAGAAGUGGAAACCAUAGAAAACAGCAAGUUGAGACACCAAAUGAACAACACAAGAGAACGAAUGUGCCAAGAAAUGAUGGCUGACGUAGCAGCAGCCCGAGCAUCUAAUUCUGAAGAGAUAGAGCAGCUUAAAAAAUACAUCAACACAGUUUCUCAGCUGCAAGACGCCACUGCGAAGAGGCAGGAAACGCUCUUGAGCCAGAACGAAGCGCUGCGCCCAGAGCGAGAGCAGGUGAAGGCCGAACACGAAGAGGUCAUCGCGGUUCACAAUGAGCAAAUCACCUUGAAGUACACGUUGCAGAGGGAGCUGGAUGAGACGCGGGAGCGGAUCGAAGAGCUGAAGUCCUCCAUCGCUGCCGUCAAACAGGACAAAGUAACGCUGCGGCAAAAAAUGGUGCUGGAGAGAGAGGCUUUCACUUUGCGAAAAGAUCACCUGUCUACAAGGGUGGACCGGGCCGAGGAUAAAGUCAAGCAGCAGAAGCAGUCGGUCGGGAGGGGCGUGGAAGAAUUGGACAGGCUAAAUAUCAAGAAACAAAAAACCCACGACCGUCUGGGUCAGCUCAUAAUUGAAGUUGCCAAGCUGGAGAGCAAUUUACGGAGGCUGGCGGCAUCUCAACGCCAGUGCGAAAAACAGCUGCGGGGGGAAAUCCGAAAGCUUCAAGAAUUGAGGCAACAGCGAGACAUUCUGAAGAAGGACUUGCGUGAGUUGGGGGAAGCCUUCAGUGUCGCCGCCCAGCGUCUCAAAGAAGAAGUUGCCACAGUGAAAAAUCAAAUCGAGGAGGGUCGAGCGUCGCGGUUGCUCCAUCGAGACUCCUUAGCUCAAAUCUAUGAGAUAUUCAAGCAGCAGCGUGACGAAGAGGGCGAAGUGAGGGCAGAGUACUUGCACGUCUCGCGGCAGCUCGAGCGCUCCAGGCUGCAGCUGAAGGACCGAAUCGCCUCCCUGGUCAAACACAGCAAGGAGAUCAAAGAGAUGGACAAGCAGAUCCAAGAACUCCUCGAGGCCGACGCCAUCACCAAGCGCAUGUUUGAGAGGAAUCGGGGGGAGCUGUGCAACGACGUUGAUACGGAGAAGAAGAACAUCUGCCAUUUCGAGGAGGAGGAGAGGCGGCUGACGAGGCUGUUGGAGGAGGCGAGGAGGAAGCAGGAGGAGCACGUGGCGAAGAUCACCUCGGAUAUCAGCAGCACCAGGAGGAGAUACCAGGAGCUCUGCCAAGAGAAGGCGGCACUCCAAGCGCGCCAGCCCGAGAGCACAAAUGCCGACUUGCUGGUGAGCCACGCGGCCCAGCGUGAGGUGGAAUACAAACAAGAAGAGAGCAAACACCAUGAGGAAAUCGAGCAGGUCACCGCAGAGGCCUCCAGGAUCACGAGCAGCCUCGUGGAGAAGCAGAGGAAGGUGGAGGAGCAGGAGGAGGUGCUGAAGGAGGAGCUUGCAAAGUGGAACGAAGAGCAAUCGAGGCAGCGGAGGAUACAAGCGCUGACCUCGGAGCUCACAGGGAAGCGAGAGCAUCUGGAGCUGCUGAUUGGGGGCCUGAAGGAGAGAACGAGCUCUCUGCUGCAGCCCAGAGAGGAAAUGAAGGCGCGGCUGGAGGAGCUGCGAGGGAGACACAUGGACGCGCUGGACCAACGGGCCUCACAGCUGGGAGCUGCAGAGGUGUGCCUCUACUGCGACGGCGCGAACCUGGAGCAGAUCGGCCCGGAGAACAGCAGGCUGCACCUCUGCAUCAGUCGGAUGAAGGGGGACGUGGACAGAGUCAGAGAGGACAGAGACCGGUACCGGCGGGAGGCUCACCGGUUCCAGCAGGACACUGAGAUCUUGUCCGAGAGUUUGCGGGACGCAUGGAAUGAGGAUUCGUCGGUGACCCGGGGCCAUCAGAACAGCGAUGGUGGGCUGCUGGUGUCCAUGGGGGGCCUGUUGGACCACUUGGGGACCAGGGCGCAACAGCUGGCGAACGUCAGCACACUUCUACAGCAACAAAUUUCGGACUUCAGCAGACGACUCGGGAUGAAGCUUUUAUAGAACAGCAGAGUUGAGAUGAUGAAUAUAAGACAACACAACUUAGAUAUUCAUUUGGGACGAUGAAAUUGAAUAAAGCUGCCAGCAAAGUCAUGUUGAGUUCAUUUUUAAUGCAAAAACAUUGGUUCCAUAACAAGUUUGCUACUCAGAUGUUGGUAAUCACUUCCUACUUUAUUUGAUAAUUAAAGAAAAUCAACAGAUGAA